AUCAGGUUGCAGCACAUUGGAGCUACGCAUGCGCAGCUGUUGCGGGCGCAGCUCGGUGGUGGUGUCGGUUGACUGGAUGAACAUUCCUGGCAGCGUCUCGCUCGGUGAACUGCCAGUCCACCGUCGAAUAACUAUUGUGUUUUCGUAAUGUCUGGAGAAUUACUUUAACGGAUUAGGGGGCAACCGAAGACACCAGAGCAACAUUCGAGAGACUGAAAGAAAGCUCAGAAGAAGAAGAAGAGACCGAGGCCUGUCUCCCUCUCCUCCAUUAUGGACCAAUGAUGUCUCUUUCUGGUGCUGCCAGUAAAAAGCGAUGUGUUUCAGACCCAACGGCCGCAGCACUGUCAGCAAAGUGUGUGUGAGGCCUCUCCUGUCCCUCUUCCCUUCUACCCUACCUGUGAUGGGAUGCCAGGCCUUUGUCCUCAGGACCUAAAGUCGCCUGGGUGAGUCAUGAACAGCUACAGAGACAGAGGGGUCACCUGCACCUCCUCAGACCUCCUGGAUGGAGGAGGAGGUGAUGGUGGAGGAGGAGGUUUCCCUCUCCACGCUCCUUUUCAUCACACCCCAAAUGGCCACACGGCUCCUGCCCCCGCUGACCCAGCUCUGCAGCCCCGUAUGUCUGUGCCUAAGAUGGGCGUUCGAGCACGGAUCGCAGAGUGGCCUCCACGUCGGGCGCAGUCCCGAGAAUCCCUGCUGGAAAAUGGGCAAUCUGGCACCAAUCACUAUGGAGACGACGGCUCUGCUUCGGUUUUGUCACCAGACGUCGGUUUGGUGAGGGGUGGGCUUGCAAGGUUGCCGCGACGACGAUCGAGGGAGGUCGAGUUCAGAGUGGCAGGUUUUGGCGGCGAGAGAGGUUCACCCCUGAGCCUCAGAGUAUUCCCGCCGUUGAGACAGCGCUCCAACAGUGAAGUGACGCUGAGUGAACAGGAUGAGAAUGAGGUGGAGGUUCGCAAUGCAGGUGGGAUGGGGAACCUGUUCAGAGAGUAUGGCAGCACCUCCUCCAUCGACAUCGAGAGGCCUGACCAGCGCGGCUCUGCGCCUGUGUGCAGGCUCCGUGCUCUGGACUCACCACCAAAUAUACCUGUCCCCUCCGCUCCUUCACCUGCUCCCACAGGUGGAGACGAGAGAGGGACGGGGAAGAAGGAAGGAGCUGAGAGAGUUCGUAAAAAAAGUGGAGGGACAGAGUCGUCGCUGGGCACCUCCUCUUUGUUCAGGAAACUGCGGAGCUCCAGCAGAGGGGAGCUGGAUGGAGGGAAAGGAGACAGUAGCGAGGACAGUGGACGAGGUGCACCGGAUGUCGCCUACAAGCCAUGGGUUUGUCCCAAAAGCUUUGUUCACUUCGAUGCACAGAGUAUCCUCUUUGAUCUUCACGAAGCAGCAGCUCAGCGAGGAUACGUCACCCAGAGGAGGAACACAGCCACGGGAGCUUCUGCUGCUUCAGUCUCCCUCUCUGUGUCCAGGUCUGUGGCCAGUGUCAAUGAGCCAAUUUACUCCAGCAUCGAAGACCUCACCCUCAGCCAGGACCCUGCCUCCACAACACCCUCCCUGAGCCUGGACCCUCUGGACGGGCCUGUUGGAGCCCACAACCCUAGCCCACUUCUCCUGUGCUGCCCACACUUCCUUAAUGAGACUGGGGGUCACGGGGAGCGUAACAUCAGCUUCCUCAGUUCUUCUGCGGAGCGAGGGGGAGAUGGUGGCGGAGACGGUAGGCGAGGGUGGCUGAGGAAAAGCAACGCCAGCGUUUCGGUGCUGGAGGUUCCUAUAGAGCAGCAGGUUACCAGACUGGACAGACUAAAACUGUACAACAUAGAGCAUGUGGACAUGGGGGCUCAGUACUACAGAGAGUACUUCCAUGGAAAAGAGCACUCUAACUACUUUGGGACAGACGAUAAACUGGGCCCUGUGGCAGUGAGCAUCCGAAGGGAAAAGCUGGAAGACACCAAAGACCUGAAAGACCAGUACCAGUACCGCCUCAUCAUCAGAACCAGCGAGUUGGUGACACUGCGGGGCUCUAUUCUAGAGGAUGCAGUGGCGUCCACUGGAAGACACGGCACAGUGCGCGGCCUGCCUCUCAAAGAGGUCCUGGAGCAGGUGGUCCCUGAGCUCAAUGUCUCCUGUCUGAGGCUGGCUCUCAGCACUCCCAAAGUCACCGAGCAGCUGCUAAAGCUAGACGAACAAGGGUUAAGUCAGAAGCACAAGGUGGGCGUUCUGCUGUGUCGUGCCGGCCAGAGCACAGAGGAGGAGAUGUACAACAAUGAGGAGGCGUCGCCUGCCUUCUCAACCUUCCUGGAACUGCUGGGGGAGCAGGUGCUCCUCAAAGGAUUCAACAAAUAUGCAGCACAACUCGACACAAAGACGGACUCAACAGGCACCCACUCCCUGUACACCACCUACCAAGGCUAUGAGGUCAUGUUCCAUGUGUCCACCAUGUUGCCAUACAUGCCUAACAACCCACAGCAGCUCUUGAGGAAGAGGCACAUAGGAAACGACAUUGUCACCAUCAUCUUUCAGGAGCCAGGAGCUCUGCCUUUCACUCCUCAGAACAUCCGCUCGCACUUCCAACAUGUCUUCGUUAUCGUGCGUGUGCACGCCCCCUGCUCUGAAAACACCUCCUACAGUGUUGCCGUGACCAGGAUGAAGGACGUUCCCCCCUUUGGCCCCUCCAUUCCCAGCGGUGUCACCUUCAGAGAUCCGGAAACUUUCCGUAACUUCCUUCUAGCCAAAGUCAUAAAUGCGGAAAACGCAGCGCACAAAUCUGAGAAGUUUCACACCAUGGCCACACGGACCAGGCAGGAGUACCUGCGUGACCUGGCGGAGAACUACGUCAGCAACACACCGCUGGACUCGGCCGGGAAACUUAACAACCUCAUCUCCCUCGCCUCCAAAAAGCGCGAGCGCUCCAAGGCAAGAGAGGGAGCAGAGCUGGGAGCUGCCGGCGCCAUAGCCUGGAGGGUGCAGGCCCAGGACUUCAGCGGAGGCGGAGCAGAGCUCUCCUGUGCUUUAGGUCUGUCAGCUGAAUACGUUCUUCUCGUAGACUCUUCCACCAAAGAAGUGGUGUUUAACUGUUUCUGUGCCGACGUGAUCGGCUGGAACCCUGAGCGUCUGGCACUGAAGAUCUUCUACGGUCGAGGAGACCACAUCUCUGUGAGGGUACCAGAGGGCUGUGCUCAGGACGUCAGGGAGAUGGUGCAGAGGUUAAAGUCUUUGACAGUUGGAUGUGAGACAGUGGACAUGACACUGAGAAGAAACGGUUUGGGACAACUGGGCUUCCAUGUUCGCUUGGACGGCACUGUGGCCGAGGUGGAGGAAUAUGGCUUUGCCUGGCAGGCAGGGCUGAGGCAGGGCAGUCGUUUGGUGGAGAUCUGCAAGGUGGCGGCGGUGACUCUGACUCACGAGCAGAUGAUCGACCUGCUCAGGACCUCAGUCACUGUGAAGGUGGUCAUCAUACCUCCAUAUGAAGAGGGAGGCCCCCGCAGAGGCUGCACAGAGGAGUAUGAGAUGAAGACCAUUGAGCAGAAGUCCGAAUCUGAACCACUAGCAGUGGGAUAUCGACCCUCCCCUCGUCCUACGUGGCGGUGGGACAGCCCACCAGUACCACUGGGGCUUCACAGUGUCCCCAACCCUCAGCGCUGGGGACCAAUGGGCCCCCCACCACCUCCUGCACCCCGCUCACAUAAAACCAUAAUGCCAGUUCCCUAUAGAGACCCCCAGCAUCUGAACUCCAAGAGGCCAGUCAGCUACCCAGAGAACCACUACGCUCUGUCUCCUGUAGGGGGCGACAGGGCUCUGCCCUUCAGAAACCCCUCAGCCAGCUUCUCCUCCCCGUCCUCAGGCCUCGUCAACCUCUGCACAAUGGGGCCCCCCGGAAUCACACAGAGCCCCUUCGUACGCUACAAACACUCACCGGACAGAUUUGGACCAGGACAGCGCCCCCUGCUGCCUUAUGAGCCCCACCUCACUGUGGAUGUCAACUCCAGUGGGGAGUCUUCUUCAGGCUUCACCAGCCAGGAGAGCACCAUGGAGCGCUGCAAAACAGAACCUCUGUGGCAUGUCCCAGCGUCUCGAGGAAUGGCCGGAGGAGCAGGGCAGAGGAGAAUACCCAGACAGGACAUCCCGGGGAAAGACUCUCCAAACAGACACUCAAAGGGGGAGACUCAGUACUCCAGUCACUCCAGCAGCAACACUCUGUCCAGUAACGCCUCCAGCAGCCACAGCGACGAGCGCUGGUUCGACGGAGGGCCUGGGGGAGAACGAGUUGGGGGCGGCGCUGACCUCACCGAUCCUGACGCGGACCUCCUGAACAAGGGAGGGUCCAACGACAGCGGCAUCGACGCCUCCAUCCCGUACAACAACUCCCGUCACGGGAACGUGUCCAACAAUCCAUCGCACAAGCCCUCGCACUGCUCCUCAAACUACGGGGCCGUGCAGGAGCCGUCCCUGGGGAGGAGCGGCGGCGGGGGAGAGGCCAGGCGACGAGAGUCUUCACCCAUGAUAUCAGCGGAAGCCAAUCAGAACAAAGGGUACAGGACGAGGACGUUCCCUCCUCCUGGCUCCAGCACUGAUAAAAUGGAUGCUUUCAAACCCAGGGCCUUUACGCCGCAGGGUUACAAAACUCCCACCGCGGAAAAAGCACGACCCAUCAGAGCUGCUACGACCACACCCACUUCAGCCCAGUUAAGCUCCACCCCUCUGUCCAGCUCCGCCCCCAAGGCCUUUUAUGGGAAAAGCAGACAAACAGCCUGGCAGACCGACGACAACAGCCUGUCAAUUAAAACCACAGUGUCCAACUCUGAGAGCAGCAGCAGCAAGAAGCAGGUGGACAUGAAUUCCAAAAAUGUGUUUGGACAACCCCGGCUCCGAGCGUCGCUGAGGGACCUGCGCUCCCCCCGGAGGACGUACAAGAGCACGAUAGAAGAUGACCUGAAGAAACUGAUCAUCAUGGACAACCCAGCAGAGACGCCACAGAGAGACCCGUCUCCCAGACGGACACUGCAGCGCACCUUUUCAGAUGAGUCGCUGUGCAGCGGACGCCGGGACGCAAGCUUCGCCAACACGGAGCAUCCGACGACUCCCACUGACGUGCUGUUCACGUGCACGCUGCCCACGCGCAAACACGUCUCCAACCAUUUACAGAACAAGAAGGUUCCCCUGUCUGCCUCAGAGCUGUCUCUCAAUGAAGUCAGGGACAAGGUUCCUCCUCUGCGUAGGCUGGACCCUGGACUGAUGCCUCUUCCUGACACUGCCUGUGGUCUGGAGUGGUCCAGUCUGGUCAACGCUGCCAAAGCCUACGAAGCACAAAGAGCAGUUUCCCUCUUCUCACUGACCGAGCCACAGGUCCCCGGUCCGGACUCAAGGCCAACGGUCAGUCCGGUCCAGUUUCAGACCCCUCAGACACCACGCACCACACCCACCUUCAGCGGGGACGAGGUGCCCAAUGAUUUGUCAGGUCGCCUCCACCAUCUGGAAGUCAUGUUGAAACAGCUGAACACUGACCUGGAGAGGGAGAAGAAGGACAAAGUGGUCCUGCUGGCAGAGAUGGCCAACUUGAGAGAGAACAACCAGAGGCUGCAGGAGGAGAGUCAUACGGCCAGCGAGCAGCUGCGAAAGGUCAGCAGGUUCUUUAACAACCUGGACAAGACAGGAAGUGAGCACGAAGGUCUCUCCGUAACCCAUGACACUGACUCUAAGAGGGAGUGAUGACCAGCGGCAGAAGAAGAAGAGGAAGAAGAAGAAGAAGAGAGAGUGUGAUUGAGGCCAAAGGGAGAGAAACGACCUGUGAGGAGACAGAGGUCAGAGAGGCGUGACCUCACCCAGCCUCCCGUGGACUGCCUUAAACCCAGAGAGUCGGAAAAAGACGACUAUUUUUACUACCACACUCCAGUGAGCCUGUGCACGGACCCUCCCUCUCUACUCUCUGAGCCCAUUUAUUUUUAUAAACUCACGUCAAAAAGUCUUAUUUCCAGUACUUUAAUGUCUAUGUAUAAAAAACAAAAACCAAUCCUGUUCAUGAAAACUAUGCUGAAGAAGAGGAGGAGCUACCUGUUCAUCACCUGGAGAGGCCUAAUACUGUUCCCGCAGUCAAUCAGCCAAAAACAAAAUAACAUAACUGACUGCAUCUCCCAGAAUGCAUCUCUCAGAAUGCACUAGAAAUAAUGGAAUCUCUACAGAGGUGGUACUGUAGAACGACGCCUGUGUGGUACAACUCUCAUGUGUUGUCAUAACCGAUACUGUACUGAUACUGCGAAACAGGUGUACUAAAGAGGUGUGUGUGUGGGUGUGUGUGUGUGUGUGUGUGGGUGUGUGUGUGUGGGUGGCUGACGGUACAGUGAAAUCUCUGAGGCAUUUCUGCACACGUUGGUGCACAAGGAUGGGUGGAUUUGUGAGAUUGAACAAAUGAAUAUAUUGUGAUAUGAAGCUCAUGGGCCACCGUACUUCCCUGUCCCGUGUUUACAUGGGUGAAGCGAGCCCCCCCCCUCCAGGAUGUGAAUCUAGCCAUGUGCAGUCUGACUGUUGGUGGGCGGAGACUUGCCGAUUCCCUAAAGACAACCUUCUCCCUGGUGAUCACUGUUUUCAGUAGUGCAUUAUCAUCUCAGAUGUGGAUCCUCAGUUAAACUCGUUUUUAUAGAACGCUGCGUUCAGGUCGUAGGAUAAGGUUAAAAACAUAUUUGCAGUUUUCGCUGGAAAAAUCUUGUACUGGAACCAGAGCUCAGUGUCCGGGGCCUCGUCCUGGUGUUACCACACACACAUGCUUUUCCUUUAUUAUUUAAAGAUUUUUAUUUCACUGUCUCUUUGCUGCUGGGUUGCCAGGUUUGACUAGAUCUGUCUAAUUAUCUUUUUUUGUUUAAAUUUAUCAAGAGAUUUUUAAAAAAAAUACAUCACAGCCUUAAUAGUAAUUUACUAUUACAUUAUAAUUUAGAGACUUUGCUAGAUUUACAUUUUAUUUCCUCUUGACUUGUGGGCCAAACAACAACAACCCAACAGGGUGUUAGACGAUCUUAAGUACAAUUUUUUCAUGUCCCGAUCAGAAAACACAAAGUCAUUUCAUGACAUCUUCUAAGUGUAAUGUGUGUUGGUGAGAAACUGGACAUGAAACACUGAAGCUCUUCAUAUCAGAACCUGUGUGAGUUAGUGUGUGUGUAUGUGUGUGCACGACAGGAAGUGUCCAUGUGUUCUGUGACGAACCAAAUACGAACACGAAACUAUUUAUACUGUUAACUUACUAAACAAUAUUCUCUACUAUAUUUAUAUUUUUAAUAAAAAAGAACAUUGUGUCACAUUUGAAUAAAUGCUGGUACUGGAGGACACACACUCCUGGAGAGGAUGAAUGAGUGGAGGAAUGUGUGUGUGUGUGUGUGAAUGUUCUCUGGUUCGUGUCGGUGAGUAACGACCUUACUAAACUCUCAUCUCUCCUGGAGCGGCGACCUGUCGCUCACUGAGGUCACGUCCUCCUCCUGCUCUGACUGGAUCUGUCAGCGCUCUCAGGUUUUUCUCAGUAAGCUGUUAACAAGUGCACCACCAGUGUUGAACUGUGAGACAACGUACUGACCGCUGUACUGCAACUACCAACAGCUUCUCGCCGUUGUUGCUGUCCCUUUAAUAUUUCCCACUGCUUCUCUCUUUAGUCCACCCUGGAAUUGAAUCCAUGUUUUUCCUCUGUUCCCAAAAAUUCAUUUUGCUACCGCCAUAACAAGGAAACGGUGACUCUGAACUGGACUUAGAACUGUUUUGUUUUUGCUCUCUUUCUCUUCACCGGCUUAAAAAAUAUAUAUAAAAAACUCUUAUUACAUCCCUCUUUGAUAUCUGCUGAUAUAAACCUGCAUUCGGACUCUUUUUCUCUAUGGUUUCUUGUGAGACGAGUGCUUUUCCCAGUCUGUGCUGAGUGAAUUGAAGCUUUUACAGGGUCCAUUUUCUCCUCUGAUUCUAUUUAUUCCAGUUUUCAGGUCUGAUCUGAGUCUCGGUGUGACACACACUACUGUUAUCCAUCCUUCAUGCAGCUUGGCUGGUGUAGCUGUGGUUUUACUGAGUCUUAAUCUUUAGUUCGCUUAUGCAAACGGGGCAAGGUUUCUUUAUAUAUAUAUAUAAAUAUAUAAAUAUAAAAAUGGUUUAUUUAUUUUUAAGCUAUUUAUCACAUCACAACACGCUCUGUUGAACCAAUCAAUAAUGCAUUAAGGUUAGUGGUAUAUUGUUCAACUUGUUUUUUUUUUGUUCUUUUUUUUAGAUGUGAAAUAUUUUAAUAAUUUAUUUUCUACGACAUUGUUGCAGGCGUCAGUGAAGACGGGAGAGUACUGUGUUUUGAUUUGUUGUUUUUUUAUUUCCGUGUGUAUGCAGCUUGAACGGCUUCUUUACAGAAUUGAUUUGUAUGAUUCUUAUUUUUAAUUAUUUUUUGUAGUUGUUUUCCCUCCCUGUGCGUCACGUGUCCUGCAUGUGUGGAUCACAGGACGCAUCGACAAAAAACAUUUGGUUGAACGUUGUCUUCUCUGGGUUGUAAUAACUUGUACAUUUAAAAGUGUAAAUUAUGUUUUCAUUAUUUUAUAAAAAAAAAAUUUAAAAACUA